UGGUGGGUGUGUUGUUGUGAAUCUCUAAGUUUUCUGUAAAUUAUAUAGUACUAUUAACUUUAUAAGUAAUUUUUUUUUCAGUGACCCUUUUAAGCUUUCUUGAAAACAAGAUUGAGCAUAGAUCACUUCUAAGAUUCUUAGCUUUGUUUUCUCUUUUGUGUUGAGAGUCUUGUGUGCAAUAACUUCAUAAAGAGAAAAUGAAGUUUAUGAAACUUGGAACCAAACCUGAUUCGUUUCAAUCUAAAGGAGACAAUGUUAGGUAUGUCACAACUGAGUUAGAAACAGAGAUCAUCGUAAUCGUUGGCAAUGUCAAAUUCUAUCUCCAUAAGUUCCCAUUGCUGUCCAAAAGCGGAUUCUUGCAGAAACUCAUAGCAACAUCAAAAAAUGAAGAGAAGGAGAAGAACCAAAUUAAUGAGAUUGACAUAUCAGAGAUUCCUGGUGGUUCUGUUGCUUUUGAGAUUUGUGUAAAGUUCUGUUAUGGCAUCAUGGUAACUUUAAACGCUUACAAUGUGGUCGCAGCUCGUUGCGCAGCUGAGUUCUUAGAGAUGAAUGAAACGUUUGAGAAAAGCAAUCUCGUUUACAAGAUUGAUGUUUUCUUGAACUCAACUAUCUUCCGUAGUUGGAAAGAUUCUAUCAUUGUUCUGCAGACCACAAAAGAUCUCUUGUCUAAUUACUUGGACGAGCUCGUGAAGCGUUGUCUCAACUCUAUUGCUUCAACAGCCUCGACUGACACCUCGAAAGUCAAGUGGUCUUACAGUUACAACAGGAAGAAGAAGCUUGAGAAGGUGGGAAAACCCGAAGAUCAAGCCGUUCCAAAAGACUGGUGGGUCGAAGAUUUAUGCGAACUUCACAUUGAUUUAUAUAAACAAGCCAUCGAAGCAAUCAAGAACCGAGGGAAAGUACCAAAUAACGUUAUAGGAGAAGCGUUACACGCUUAUGCAAGAAGAAGAAUAUCAGGUUUUAGCAAAGGCUUAGUGCAAACCAUUGAUAGAUCUUUGACUGAUAUAAUCAUAGAACUUAUCCCGGAUGAGAAAGGAAGUCUUUCUUCUAGUUUCUUGACCAAGUUACAUCGAGCAUCGAUGUUUCUUGGGUGUGAAGAAACCGUUAAAGACAGGUUAAAGAAAAGAAUCAGCGAGCAGCUUGAAGAGGCAACAGUGCAUGAUAUAUUAUUGUAUGAUUUAGAUAUGGUGCAAAGCCUAGUGAAGGAGUUCAAGAACAGAGAUCCGAAAACGCAAAUGAAAGUAUCCGUCGCAAAGCUCAUUGACGGAUACUUAGCUGAGAAAUCAAGAGAUCCUAAUCUCCCUCUACAGAACUUCCUCUCUCUCGCUGAGACACUCUCUAGCUUCCCAAGACAGUCUCAUGACGGGUUAUAUCGCGCCAUAGACAUGUUUCUCAAGGAACAUUCGAGUAUUAGCAAGAGCGAGAAGAAAAGAAUAUGCGGGUUAAUGGAUUGUAGGAAACUAUCACCAGAAGCGUGUGAACAUGCGGUGCAGAACGAACGUUUGCCAAUGCGGGUGAUUGUGCAAGUUCUCUUCUUUGAACAGAUUAGAGCCAAUGGUUCAUCAACAGGAUACAGCACUCCUGAGCUAACUACAACGACUCUAAACACUGAGGAUGAGGAAUGGGACCAUGAUAAAGAGUUUUAAUCUAAGCAUAUUAUUGUAUCCUUUUCUCAUUUGUUUCUUCAGAACUACGUCAAACUUUUUGAGUUUCCUUUGUUAUCUGAAUUGGAAACAUUUUGGUC